AUGAGAGAUAGAGGGGAGAACAUUGUCAGCAUUGUCUCUAAUCGUCACCGUCUUCCAGGGAGCAGAAUGAAGACUGCCAUACAGGCAUGUAUAUUGAUACUGUGUAUUAUAAGUUUGGCUUCAGCCACGUUAUCCCAGAGUGACAAGAAGAAGAAGAAGAAACCAAAAGAAAGCAGACCUAAAUUAUCCGACAAAACUGUUGGGCAGCGUGGUCUUGUGGUUGAGCAAGUGAAAGCAAAGGACAUCGUCAGGGAACAUGCUGCUUACUGUGAAACGAGACGGGAAAUAAAGAACUUCCCUGGUGAGACAUUAGCAUAUGUUACACCAGUGAGUAGUGGUCGAUAUUUUUGUAUGAUUGAUAACUUUAUGUGUGUAUAUUUUUCUCUCUCUUUCUUUCUCUAUUUCACUUUCUCUCUCUCUUUCUUUCUCUAUUUCACUUUCUCUCUCUUUCUUUCUCUAGCUCAUCUUCUCUCUCUCUUUCUUUCUCUUGCUCAUUUGUUUCUCUCUUUUGUUUUCUGUCUCACUCUCUUUUGUUUUCUGUCUCACUCUUUCAUUCACUCUCUCUCAUUUCCUCUCUCCUCAUCCCUUUUUUUCUCUCUCUUCCUCAUCCCUUUUUUUUCUCUCUCCUCAUCCCUUUUUUCUGUCUCUCUCUCCUCAUCCAUCCCUCUUUUCCUCAUCCCAUUUCUCUCUCUCUCCUCAUCCUUUUUUUCUCUCUCUCCCUCAUCCCUUUUUCUCUCUCUCUCUCCUCCCCUUUUUCUCUCUCUCCUCAUCCUCUUUUUUUUCUCUCUCUCCUCAUCCCUCUUUUUCUCUCUCUCUCUCUCCUCAUCCCUCUUUUUCUCUCUCUCUCUCUCCUCAUCCCUCUUUUUCUCUCUCUCUCUCCUCAUCCUCCCUUUUUCUCUCCUCAUCCCUCUUUUCUCUCUCUCCUCAUCCCUCUUUUUCUCUCUCUCAUCUCCCCUCAUCCCUCUUUCUCCUCAUCCUCAUCCCUUUCUCUCUCUCUCUCUCCUCAUCCCUCUCUCUCUCUCUCUCUGCUCAUAUCUCUCUUUCCUCAUCCCUCUUUUUCUCUUUCAAUGCUUGAAAAAUGCCUUUUGGGGAGAGGAAUGA